AUUUGUAUAAAUGUCAAUUUUCUAGGGAAAUAUUUUAGGUUUUUUUCUUCAGUUAGGCAUUGGCGUCGUCGUUCGCUAUAAUUUUUUAUAAUAAUUUUACCGAAAUACUGUAAAUAGUCAUUUAACCCUGACAUUGCCAGAAUCGUCGUGGCAAUUGAUGGAGCCAUUCUGAGGGCCGUAUUCCAGAACUCGACUCAUUACAAAACCUAUAUUUUGACCUGAGGAGCCAUUCUAGAGAAAUUGGAAUUGGAAUGGAAUAUUCUUCACCCUACAAAUAGUGGGCUUAUAAAUAUAAAAAUGGCAGAGAAUCCGGACUACAAGACGGCGACUUCGAUUCACGAGUUUACUGUGAAGAAUAUCAGAGGAGAGGAUGUGAAACUGGAUGUGUACAAAGGUCAUGUGUGUAUUAUCGUGAAUGUCGCGUCUGAGUGUGGGCUCACAGCGAGCAAUUACAAGUCACUCAAUGAGUUGUAUGAGCAGUACGCAGAGAGCAAAGGUCUUCGCAUUCUAGCGUUUCCUUGCAACCAGUUUGCAGGCCAGGAGCCUGGGGACCCUGAAGCGAUCUGCAGUUUUGCAUCAAAAAAGAAUGUCAAGUUCGAUCUAUUUCAGAAGAUUGAUGUCAAUGGUGAUAAUGCAUCACCACUGUGGAAGUUUUUGAAGCACAAGCAAGGUGGCACCUUGGGCAAUUUCAUCAAGUGGAACUUCACUAAAUUUAUCAUUGACAAAAAUGGCGUGCCAGUCGAACGCCAUGGACCCAACACCGACCCCGCAUCGCUGGUAAAAUCGCUUGAGAAGUACUGGUAAAAUGGAUACGAAAUCAUUACUAAAUUUUAAAUAAGGGAAGUAAGUAAAGUAUAUUCCGAGUGAAGUGAGAAAAGAUAUAAUUGUUAGAGGGUUAUUUGCGUUAGUCUAAAAUCGCAAAUACUAUUGUAUUAUUGUUUUUAUUACUUUGCAAGCUAUUAACAUGUCAUAUAUUUUUACGUAAUUCUUAAGCUUAUUAUAAAGCCUUUCAUUC